AUGUUUAAAUCAUGUCACUACUGCCAACAUCGAAAGAAGAAAUGUGUUAGACCUGCGCAAUCAUCCGCCAUCUCUGACAAUCGGUGCUUGGCCUGCCAGCAUCUUGAUCUUCAUUGCGAAAUCGGCAUCCGGAAAGCCAGUAUCAAGCGUCAACGGAAAUCCCAGCAGAUCGCCUCCAAGCUCUAUUCCAGAUUGACGGCAGAGUCUGAUCCCCUCUCGACUCGUCGAGGAGCACGAUCAGACACAGCUGUCCAGCGCGUCAACAAUGGCGACUGCCAACUGCUGGGACCUGAAACCGUCGCCAGCCCGACUAAGAUCAUUAUCACCGACUAUAACGCCGAGGUGCUUGACCGAUUGGAUCCAAGCGAGAAGUAUCAGAGAAUUGUACGACUCGAGUUUCCCUUCGUCCCAGAUGAUCUGCUCCGAGAUGACGCCGCCCUGACAUCGCCAGCGCUGAGCUACUGCAUUGACUUGGCGGCCUCGCUGUCGCUUCAAAAGACGUGCUCUGGUCUUUCGGAAGUUGCCAUGCAGAAUUUGACUGCAUUCCUGGAGAAGCAACAUUUGGAUACUGCUGAAGCUACCGGCCUCACGCUCCUGCUCCCCAGGAUCCAGUUAGAUCCUCGCCUGGCAGACAAGGUGAGUAUCAUUGUCCGUUCGAAGCCAGAGCUCAUGCUUGAAUAUAGGCUUUUCGCGCUAUUUGUGCGAGUGGCAAUCCUUCAGACAUACCUCUGCCCAUUGCUGUUGCCACAUUGA